AUGAAGCCUAUCCUCGCUACCAUCGCUUUACUUGGUCUUGUCUCAGCGGACAAAUACGCCAAUUUCUUCACUGACGAUAACUGCAAUGAAGAUGGCUCCAUCGGUUUUAGUCUGGACAACCCGGGAUGUUUCGCUUGGGCAGGUGCCAAAUCAGUCUACAUCCCUAACAACCCCAUCGACUGGAACCAACACUACUGUCUAGUCAUGACUUAUGAUAGUAAAGAAUGUAAUUGUCAAAACGACGGUUAUUCCUUCCAAGCUACUGGAUUCUGCCAUAAACUCGAUGGCAAUGCUCAAAGUUACAGAUUCAUUGGUGGCGGAUGCGAUCCCAACAACUGCUAA